AUGGAGGCGAUUGCGGAGUCCCAGACGCCUGACCUGCGAGACGUGGAGGGCAAGGUGGGCAGGAAGACCCCUGAAGGGCUGCUCCGCGGGCUGCGAGGCGAGUGGGAGCCGGGAACCUCUGGAGCCGUGCUGCUCCCAGGGGCGCCUAGCACGGGCCACAGCCUGGGGGACAAGAUCAUGGCGCUGAGGAUGGAGCUGGCUUACCUGCGAGCCAUCGACGUGAAGAUCCUGCAGCAGCUGGUGACCUUGAACGAGGGCAUUGAGGCGGUGCGCUGGCUGUUGGAGGAGCGGGGGACGUUGACCAGCCACUGCAGCAGCCUCACCAGCAGCCAAUAUAGCCUGACAGGUGGGAGCCCAGGCCGCUCAAGGCGAGGCAGCUGGGACAGUCUGCCAGACACCAGCUCCACUGACCGGCUGGACAGUGUCUCCAUCGGCAGCUUCCUGGACACGGUGGCCCGCAGCGAGCUGGAUGAACAGGGCCCCCCUGGGGCUCCCCGUCCUGAGAUGGACUGGGCAAAGGUUGUACCCGGUGGUGAGAGGGCCAGGACUGAGGUGGACCUGACAGCCGCCAGGCUAGGGAGCUUGAGGGCUAUGUGGAAGCCCCCAGGGGAGGAGCUCCAAGGUGGACCUCCUGAGCCACCAGAGGAUGAGAGUGCCAAGCUGGGCUUUGAGACCCACUGGUACUGGGGCCAGUGCCAGGAUGAUGUAACCUUCCUGUAACAACUCUUCCACCCUUUUGUACACCUGUA